AUGAUGGAAAAGAAGACAUCAAUAUUGACAAAAUCAGCUAUAUGUUUUGCUAUAUUUGGACUCAUCUUCAUUUUUCAGAUAACUGUGUUGCGAGAUGCUCCUAUAUGGAAAGAGAAACUUAGACAAAUAUUUUCAAUUUCAAAGUGGGGUUGGGAUCUAAAAGCUAAUAGUACUGCAUUAAUCACAUGUGAUCGUUCUAAUAGACGUUUUGAUAUAUGUUCAAUGAAUGGUCCAACACUUUUGAACCAAACUUCACUAACUCUAUUUUCGUUGGGCACCCAUACAAGGACCAAAAACCACAUUCAUGUGAAAAUUCAACCUUACACUCUUAAAAGUGAUAAAAAUGCAAUGAAAUCUGUUAGAGAAUUUACCCUCACUUCAACUCCACCAAAAUCAUCUCAAUGUGAUGUCACACAUCAUAGUCCAGCAUUAAUUUUUAAUGGACGCGGAUACAAUGGAAACUUCUACCAUGAAAUAAAUGACAUUUUUAUACCCCUUUUCAUCACCAUGAAUUCUUUAUUUCCAAAGCAAGAUGUAAUACUUGUGAUCGCAGAUGGUAUGUCUUGGUGGUUUAAAAAGUAUGAUGAUUUAUUAUCUACAUUUAGCCCCCGCCACGAGAUCAUCAAAACAAAUAAUGUAACAACCACCACUCAUUGUUUUCCAUCUGCAGUCGUAGGGUUGAUCAAGCAUGGACCUGUAACCAUAGACCCGAAAUUGCUACCAUACCCUAAAACCCUUAUUGAUUUCCAUGCAUUACUAGAAAGUGCAUAUAUAAAAAGUAACAAUGCAUUAAUGUAUCCCAACAAUAACGGCAGACCACGUCUCACAUUAGUUAAUAGAAAAGGAAGUUCUCGUGUACUUUUGAAUCAAGAAGAAGUUAUCAAGCUAGCUGAAGAUAUAGGAUUCAAUGUGAAUGUGUUUGAUUCUUCAAAAGACCCUUCAGUGGCUAAUACUUAUAAAUUGAUUCAUUCGAGUGAUGUAUUAUUAGGAGUACAUGGUGCGGGCCUAACAAAUUUGUUUUUCCUUAGACAAGGUUCGGUGGUGGUUCAAAUUGUGCCUAUUGGACUUGAAUGGCCUUCAAAAGCCUGCUAUGAAAACCCAGAUGAGUUUUUGGGUUUGAAAUAUGUUGGAUACAAAGUAAAUGUAAAUGAAAGCAGCUUAUCAUGGGAGUAUGGAGAAGAUAGCUUAAUGGUCAAAGAUCCGUCAACUUUUGCUCAAGGAAAAUGGGAUAAGCAAAAGUUAUACUUAAAACAAAAUAUAAAAAUUGAUUUAAUUAGAUUUAAAAAAUAUUUAAUAGAAACAUACGAAAUGGCUAAGACAUCUAUGAAUAAUACUAGUUAG